UGGGGGUGUGUUAGUGCCAGGCAGGAAGUAGCCCAUGGGAACCAGGGAACAGCAGGGCCUGGGGGUGUCCAGGACCCAGGGUUCCAGGGCAGGGGUCAGAGUCCAGCUCUGCUCAUAAACAGAGCUGAUGGGGUAAGACUCGGAGAGAGGCCGGGCCUUGGGACCCAGAGCAUUGGCACUGGAGCUGUUUGAAGGAAGCCCCCACAUCACCCCCAUGGCUUUCUUGGUGGCUGGGAUGCUGCAGGUGGCCUCGCAGGUGGCUGAUGCUCGGGAGAGCCUGGGAAGAAAGGGUAAGUACAGCAUGCAGGGCCCAAGGGUGGCCCUGGCCCUUUGCAGCCCUGAGGUGUCAGCCUCUACGGUCGCUCUCCUGGAGGGCGUAUUCCAGACCCUGGGCUUUGAGAGCUGCCAGAGGCAGGAGUCCUCCGUCCAGGGCUUCCGUGGGGAGCUGACGAGGUUCCAGGAGCAGCUGGAUGCCCACGGGGGCCCGGUGGGCUGUGCUUUCGUGGCCUUGGUGGCCCCCCGCCGGCAGCUGAGGCAGUCACAGCAGCUGGUCCGGGAGCUGAGCCGCUGCAAGGCCCUGUGGGGCCGCCCCAAGGUCUUCCUGCUGCUCUCCAGUGCUCCCGGGGCUGUCCCCGAGCCUGGGGCCUUCCUCGCCAGCCUGGGCGAGCUCUGCGGCCGCCAUCCUCACUGGUCACUGCUGCAGCUGCUAACAGAGGGGAUCCCAAAGAGCCUGGCCAAGCUGUGCCCUGGAGCCAGGCCCUCCCCAUAA